UGAGCGCGGCCCGGGCCGCCGCGUCGGGCACCACCUCUGGCCGCGCCGGCCCGGGACCCGCAGGUGUAGGCCCGGCCGGGGCCGUCACUGGGGUUCGCCCAGGACGCGCGCCCGUGCCCACACCUGACCCAGAUCCCGCAGAUGCACAGACCCCUUCCACAUCCAGAGAAACCUCGACCUUGAAGAUGGUGAGUAGCCAGCCAAAGUACGAUCUAAUACGGGAGGUAGGCCGAGGUAGUUACGGUGUUGUGUAUGAAGCGGUCAUCAGAAAGACCUCUGCACGGGUGGCAGUGAAGAAAAUUCGAUGCCACGCACCUGAAAAUGUUGAACUAGCUCUUCGUGAGUUCUGGGCACUAAGCAGUAUCAAGAGCCAACAUCCAAAUGUGAUUCACUUGGAGGAAUGCAUCCUACAAAAAGAUGGGAUGGUGCAAAAGAUGUCCCACGGCUCUAAUUCUUCCCUUUAUUUACAGCUUGUAGAGACUUCGUUAAAAGGAGAAAUUGCCUUUGAUCCCAGAAGCGCCUAUUAUUUGUGGUUUGUGAUGGAUUUUUGUGACGGAGGAGAUAUGAAUGAGUACCUCUUGUCCAGGAAACCUAAUCGUAAAACUAACACCAGCUUCAUGCUUCAGCUGAGCAGUGCCCUGGCUUUCUUGCAUAAAAACCAGAUCAUCCACCGAGAUCUUAAGCCUGAUAACAUCCUCAUUUCUCAAAGCAGACUGGAUACUAGUGACUUGGAACCCACACUGAAAGUGGCCGAUUUUGGUCUAAGUAAAGUUUGUUCAGCCUCUGGGCAGAACCCAGAAGAACCUGUCAGUGUAAACAAGUGUUUCCUUUCCACAGCAUGUGGAACAGAUUUCUACAUGGCUCCUGAAGUGUGGGAAGGACAUUACACAGCAAAAGCUGACAUCUUUGCUCUGGGGAUUAUCAUCUGGGCAAUGCUGGAAAGGAUCACAUUCAUAGACACAGAGACAAAGAAGGAACUCUUGGGGAGUUAUGUAAAACAAGGAACUGAGAUUGUGCCUGUUGGGGAGGCACUUCUGGAAAAUCCCAAAAUGGAACUUCUCAUUCCUGUGAAGAAAAAAUCUAUGAAUGGGCGAAUGAAACAGCUGAUUAAAGAAAUGCUAGCUGCAAACCCUCAGGAUCGUCCAGAUGCUUUUGAACUAGAACUGAGAUUAGUACAAAUUGCAUUUAAAGAUAGCAGCUGGGAAACGUGACAUAUUAUUUGCAAAUAUCUUGGAUGUUAUGCUGCUUCUGUUUUAACAGUGAUGCAACAUUAUGUGGCUGAAAAAGAAUAUAAAAAGCUAAACUCCACCUUCUAAGGGUUUAGAUUUAUUGUGGGGUGGUUUUUUUUCCUCAUUUUUCUUAAACCCAAGCUGGCCAUUUUAUCAGUACGUUUUAAAUGUGUAUUACCAAUGUGGGUGUAAAUUUUUUUUAAAUGAUCAUUGGUAGAAGUUUGGCAGGAAAAUUCUCUAAGAGUCAAGAAGAGAAGAGAGUCCAGUUUUCUGGAAAUAUGUCUCUAAGUAUUUUAGACAUUCCUUGUCAGUAUUAGGAAUUUUCAUGGAAGAAGAGGUUUGCAUGCUGGUAAUGCAGCCUUUCGAGCUUUGUAAAGGAAACAUAUAUGUAUAUAUUUAUGUAUAUGUAAGUAUGUGAAUGUGUGCAUUUUGCAUUCCAUAUGAAGAAAAUGCCACUUCUGUUUAAAUUAUUUGAUGUAGGUUUGGGUUUUUGAGAUUUGCUGGUGAAAUCAGUAAUGAAAAAUAAAUGAACCUUCCCUCAUCUUACUACUCUGUCCCUCCCCCUAAUGAAAUCAUGCUAAGUUUUUCUUUUCUUUCUUUCUUUCUUUUUUUUUUUUUUUUGUAGUAUUAUACAGCUCUUUUAUAUUUUUGGAGGGUCUAAAAUGAUAAAUUAAACAUAAAUUAAGUGAUCCAAAGCUGCUGACGUAUGUUUGAGCUCUCCAGUGCCCUGUAGCUGCAGGAAUUGAUUUAGUCAUGCAAUCGUAUGGUAGCAGGUUGGCAAGGACAUUGAUGAUUCGGUCAUGUCUUCUUUAGGUAACCGAGCAUUUAUUUAACCAAUUAAACCACUGCACUGGGACAUGUCUACACUUGAGCAUCUACAAUCUGAUUUAAAUAUGAGCACAGGAGUCUUGUUUCUGAAAUAUAUGAACUAUAAUACUUGAUGUAUUCAUUUUUAGUUUUAAAUUUUUGUCUAAGCAUCACCAUAAAGUUGAAGAAACCAAAUGAGUUCUACCCUCACAUUGCCUGCCCUGAUAUGGUCUCUUGUUGAAUCACUGGUGGUCAUUUCAUUUUGGCACUGUUGCUAUUUUCUCUUGUCUAAUUUGAGACAGUAAUGCUAGUGAUAAUGGUCAUCUUAGGUGUUGGUCACCUUUUUCAAAGGGAGGAGAAACCUAUACAACUUGGCAAAUUGUGGCAUCAACUACAUUUCAAGUAGAAAAGUUACCGGUGUAUAUGAUCACUCCAUAUAGUCUGUGUCAAAAACCAACAAACCAUUAUUCCAUUUAAAGUUGGUUUGAUUUAACUCUGUAUGGUUGCCUUCAGUAUGUUUUCCUGUAAAUGCAGAUAGUUAAACUCUAAGGAUAGAAGCAAUCUUAAAACAGAACAUUAAACCUUUCAGGUUAGAUAGACUUGACAUUUUGUCUAGGUUAUCUUUGCAAAGCACUAUGGUCAAAAGUCAAAAUAGUAUUAGAAUACUAAAUUAUUGAUAGUUUGCAUAGUCUUCUCAGCUGUUUUGAACUUCCACAGCUUUUGGAAUAUGUUAUCAUAAUUUUUCCCCAUUUAAAACGUUUUCAGAGGACAGUAGAAGCAAAGACACAUUAAAAAAAAUGAAAUACAUAAAAUUGUUGGACCAUAUGUUUCGUGAUCUGGAAGUUUAAAAUUUGGACCAAAAGAUUUUAUUGAAAUUAAGCCUCUUAAAAUGAAAAAAAAAAAAAAUCAUACUUUUAAAACCAGUUUCAAGGUAAGAAUCCUUUUGGAAAUCAGAGGUAGAACUAGAACCAUAUGGUAAUUGACCUCUGGAUUACCAAAUUAGUUUAACACAGAUCUGUCCACGGGGAUUAGGUUACUGAAAGCAAGAAAAAACAUCUUUAAAAUGCCUCAUAAAUACUGUAGCACUUCAGAGAUUCACAGGUGCUGGUAUACCACUGUUGAUUUG